CGCCAUCUCUACCGCUUUCACACCUCCCGUCCAACGUGUGCCCCCCGACCAUUCAGCCCAGGGACCAUCGAUGACCAUCCCACUCCACUUUCCCAUCGGUACCAGCGUACCAGUCUACUGCAUAGACUGGAUCGCACCCGACGUACUCGUGUACGCAGGAGGCGGAGGCAAGAGCAAGACCGGCGUCGGAAAUUGGCUGCGCGCCCUCUAUGUUCCAGCAACCGCUCGCUCCUCGUCGGACGUGUCUGUGCUGGCAGAGGUGAAGCUGUCCAGCGAUGAAGACGCUCCCAUGUGUAUGGCAGUGGACGCAACAAAGACCAAGACCAUCGUGCUCGGCAUCAAUGAAGCUGGAACGCAGGCAGCCGAUGCCAAAAACCGGAUGCUGAGGAUGUUCCGCUACGAAAUUCAGCCCAGCGAAACGGGGGGCCAGCCAGUCAUUACCUUUACACCGGAAGCAUCUGCGCCCUCUCUCAACCUCAAAGAUGCCUCAGACUCGUAUCUGCGUCUCCUGUCCUUCUCCCCAUCAUCCUCUCAGCUCGUCGCAGCAUCGACCGAGGGAUCCUACGCUGUACACGACUUCCCAUCGCUACAGAAGUCCUUCAAUCCAACUCUCGAUUUUGAUGGAGAAGAGAUCAUGGACGCCGACUUCUCUCAGGCUGGCGGUCAGCUCGUCGUAUGCAGCGGAAAGAGACUGAAGAUUUUUGGCACCUACCCUGCACCAGUCGAUGAUACUGCCAACCCCAGCGAAGACGUGGCAAUCAGCAAGACCGAGGCCACCCUGGCCAUCAAUGCAUCGCUUGGUCUAGGACCCAAGUCAUCUCAAGCAGACGUUGAGGGGACAAAAGCUGCUCAAGACGCUGCCAGGUCGCUCGGAUCGCCGCCCGUUUGGCAUACCAUUCAAAACCCGGCGUUAGGUGGGGAAGGAGGCUGCGAAUUUAGAGCGGUAAGGUUUGGCAAGAGCAGCAAACUCAGCGGACAGGACGAUAAGACAGAAGAGAGCACGACGCUUCUGACGGUAGUCAAUGCAAAGGCGUCGACUGGCGGCGGAAAGGGCAAGAGAAGUAAGAGGAAAAGCUUCUUGACCUCUUGGUCCCUCCCUGAUCUCAACAUGACCCAAACAAGACAGCUAUCCGAGAAACCAGUAACGACAUUCAACAUUUCGCCCUCCGGUAGACUGCUAGCGUACGGCAGCUCGGACCUGAGCGUUGGCGUGGUCGAUGCAGACACGUUGCGAGUAAGGAUGCGGGUUCUCGAAAGUCACGCUUUCCCCGCCACGGGUAUCUCAUGGAGUCCUGCACCGGUGUCUUCUGGGCAGACAGAAGGGAAAAAUGGUAAAGGCAAGGCGGAAGACGUCAAACCCGAUCCCAUCCACGACAAUUCGUGGCUGGCAUCCUGUUCAGCAGAUGGUUCACUCAGGCUGAUUCGCGUUCCAUCCGAUGGCGCAACGGCAGGAGCCUUUACCAGUCUUCUAACAGGCUCCAAUCAGUUCAACCUCGUGAUCGUCGUCUUCCUCACCUUGCUGAUUCUGCUACUGUCCCUUUAUGUGCAAAAGAAGCUCUUGUGAUCGAAGCGGGUGGCGUCGAGACCAUCCGUUUUAUCUUGCAGUACUACCUCAAUGUCAUUCAUGUCAUCGUCUGU